UGAACUUAUUAUUAUGAUGAUGUAAUUAUAUGAAAAAUAAUAAAUAAAUAAGUCAUAAUAGUUGGCUUUUGGCGAGAAAAAGGUGGAUUGGCUUAGAAAUGGUUUGAAAGAAUGAAAAAAUUACAACAAAGAAAAUGGUUGUUUGUUAAGAGAAGAAAGAAGAAGAAGAAGAACCAGAGAAGAAAGAAGAAGAAGAAAAAGAAGAAACAUAGUCAGAGGAGUCAGGGGCAGGGGAAAGGGCUAGCUAAGGCCACGGGCACGGGCACGGGCACGGGCAGAAAGCACGGUCACCCAAGCCCCCCCAUUUCUAUUUUUCUUUCUAUCUUUUCAUACAAAAAAAAAAAAAGAAUAAAGAUAUAAUUUUUAACAAAAUCCUUAUUUGAUCUUGUUUAAUUCCCAAUACCCAUUACCCAAAACAUCCUUAAUCUUAUGUUUAUGGGGUUUUUUGAUCACAUUGAAAGUGGGUAUUGGUGAAUAAAGGAGAAUUUUGUAUUUAUUAUUGUUAUUGAUUUUAAGAAAAUUAUUUAUAAAAAUUAAAAUUUAAAUAAUAAUAAAAUAAUGAGAAAUAAUAAGGAACAAGGUUGGAGCUGCUCUUCCCAUGGUACGGAUACAGCUAUAGCUCCUCCAAAGCCCAAUCUUCAUCGCCUCUACCAAGUUUGGAAGGGUAACAAUAAAUUCAUGUGUGGUGGAAGAUUAGUCUUCGGCCACGAUGCUGGAUCAUUGUUCUUAACAACAUUCUUAAUUGGAGGUCCUGCCAUAACAUUCUGCAUAAGAAUGAUUGUGAUGAGCAAAGGACAAAAUCCAUUCUUUUUCUACCCUGUACUAAUUGGAGGAAUUGUCCUCACUCUUUUGGAUUUUUGUUUUUUGUUCUUAACAUCGGGUCGAGAUCCAGGAAUAAUCCCAAGGAACACACGGCCACCUGAUUCAGAAGAGACAUUUGAAAGUACCCCAUCAAUGGAAUGGGUGAAUGCUAGAGUCUCUAAUCUAAAAAUACCUCGAAUAAAGGACAUGAAAGUAAACGGUCAAACAAUAAAAGUAAAAUUUUGCGACACAUGUUUGCUAUAUCGUCCACCACGAGCUUCUCAUUGUUCAAUUUGCAACAACUGUGUUCAGAAGUUUGAUCAUCACUGUCCAUGGGUUGGUCAGUGCAUUGGAUUGCGCAAUUAUCCUUACUUCAUAAUGUUCAUAUCAACAUCAACCAUUAUGUGCAUAUAUGUAUUUGUAUUUUCCUGGAUCAACAUUCUUCGAGAGCGAUCCAGCAUUUGGGUUGUCAUGUCUCGCGAUAUCUUAUCAGUUAUCCUCAUAGUGUAUUGCUUUAUCGCCGUCUGGUUUGUUGGUGGACUUACCGUUUUCCAUUUCUAUCUUAUUUGCACUAAUCAGACAACAUAUGAGAAUUUCAGGUAUCGAUAUGAUAAGAAGAAGAACCCUUUUAACAAGGGGAUAUUUGGUAACCUUAAAGAAGUCAUGUGCACUAGGAUCCCACCUUCAAUGAUAAAUUUCCGAGCAUGGGCGACAGAAGAGGAUGAUGCACUUUCAGAAUCCGUUACCACAACAAGCGAGAGAGAGUUUGCUGACUCGUCGAAAGACAUAGAAACGGGAAAUAAAUUUAACAAGGAUGAUGGUAAAGAACUUCCAUUUAUUUUGCAGAAUUUGGAUUACAGUGCUCUACAGGAUAACAUUAAGAAGAAGAAGUUGAAUUCGGGUUCUGUUCCUAUAAUAGGUCAAGAACUACAUCCACAGUGGAGUUCUGCUGUUGGAAGUAGUAGUAGCUAUAAUUACAGGACAAAAGAAGCCUCCAUUAGCUAACAUAUUGUUGUUUUUCAAGGGAAAAAAAAAAGACUUAGUUCUUCAAAGAGGACAUGUAAUGCCAUGUUAGACAGAUUGAACAACAACAACUUUGAUGGCUUGAUGAAUUGAAACUAAAGAGGAAUUAAUGCAUUCAAGAUGAAACUCAUGUAAUUAUAUGUAUUUAUAUAUGUAUAUGUAUGUAUGUAGUGCAUAAAAAAAAAUAGUUGGAAAAUGAUAAACAAGCACUAUGUCUUCCAUUAUUGUCUUCCAAUUUUUUAAUUUUAUUUUUUACUUUUUUUUUUUAACUAGAACAAUCCUAGUUUGUGUGUUACUUUUUUUUUUUGGUCAAUUAGAUUUUUGCCAAAACUGAAAUAAACAGAUUCAUAUAAUAUUUUGCCAACUAAUAAUUUUUAAUAUUUUUACCAAA